AUGAAAUAUGUGUUUUCAGUGGCUCGCCUCGCCGCCUCUCUCCGCUCGCCCAGAAAACCCACCGCCAACGACGCAAGCUCCCCGAAGGUCCGAGCUCAGUCCUCGUCCCGCGGUGGGAGACGGGGUUCGGAUGGCGGGGUUGGGGGGAAGAGCGUGAGCGAGCCCCGGUGUGGACAGAGCUGUGAUCCGCUGGGCGAGAGCGGCACAGUGGGCUGCAGGCUGCGGGGAGGCGAGCUCAGAGCCGCGCACGUCAAGCAGGAGCGCAGGAGCGAGACAUCCGGUCGGGUUUUCACAAUAAGACACAAACCCGAAUCACCCGAGCACGUGCGCUGA